GUGAGCAUUGCAGCGACAUGGCUUUUAGAAAGGUACUGACACUAUCCAUUUGCUGCGCGUUCGUGUCCGCCGGUGGACUUGGAGGCGGCGGCGGCGGCUUCGGAGGAGGCGGCGGCGGUGGCUACGGAGGAGGCCACGGCGGUGGCGGUGGCUUCGGUGGUGGUUUUGGAGGAGGCCACGGCGGCGGCUUCGGAGGCGGCCUGGGUGGCGGCUUCGGAGGCGGCGGCGGCGGCUUUGGAGGUGGUUUUGGAGGUGGCCAUGGAGGCGGCGUUAGUGUUCAAGCUGUCGAGGUUCCCUCUGUUGAGGCUGCACCAGCAGCAGCCCCUGCGGGUCCAGUCGGCGGUGGUGGUGGAGGCGGCGUCUCUCAAGUUGUUGUCCUGAAGCAAGGCGGUGGCGGAGGAGGUGGCGGUGGUGGAAAACUCGUUACCACACUCCGACGAUUCACUGCUCAUGUUGACACGAGCUCCGUCCCCGUCGACUUCCAGCACGUGCGCGUACCAAACCCAUUCAAGAGCGGUCCGCUUGGAGCUAGACGUCACGGCCCUGUCGGCUACGUCGUAGCCGUCGAAGGUCAGGCUCAAGUUCAAGGAGGACACGGCGCUGCAGCUGCUCUUUCCGGCGGUGGCGCUGACCUCGGUGGAGGACAGGACGUGUAUGAAGUUCAAGCAGUAGGCGGCGGCGGCGGUGGCGGACAUGGUGGCGGCGGCGGCGGCGGUUUCGGAGGAGGUUUUGGCGGCGGUUUUGGUGGUGGACACGGUGGAGGUUUUGGCGGUGGAUUUGGUGGAGGCCACGGAGGAGGACUCGGAGGAGGCUUCGGUGGUGGUCUCGGAGGAGGACACGGUGGAGGAUUCGGCGGUGGACUCGGAGGAGGACACGGCGGAGGAUUCGGCGGUGGACUCGGGGGCGGCCACGGAGGUGCCAACCUUCAAGAAGUGCCAGUACAGGAAGACGUCAAGACUCACUCUGCUCCAGUGGCUGGAGGCCACGGUGGAGGAGGCGUCGAAGUGCAAAACGUUGAAGUUGUAAAGGUCGCCGGCGGCGCCGGAGGACAUGGUGGUGGAGCCGGAGGAUUUGGCGGUGGCGGAUUUGGCGGUGGCUACGGUGGUGGCCACGGUGGAGGCCAUGGCGGAUGGCAGUGAAACGUCACUCCUCAAGACAUUGAGAAGUGCCCAUGACUUCAGCUGAAAGUCGCCAUGCUGAGCCAUACGAAAGCAGCCACAGCUCCCUCUGCAUGAAGAGCUCCGAGCAGAGGAAAGCGUGUCGCUUCCAGUCGUGUAAUAUAGUGUUGACCUCGCGUUGUUUUAUACUGCACAUGUUUGCUGCAUGUCUGUUAAUAAAUCACCUGUAAAUACGUCUUUUACAACAA